AUGGUUCAGGAACCUAAAGAAGUUCAGAAUUCAACUUUCAAAGUAACAAGUUGUUACAGGAUCACCCAGAGCAAAACGAACGUCUUUGAGAAGUCCAUGAUCCAGUUUGUCGGCAGGCAGCCAGUUCCCGCUAUGCCAAGCAACACAGGUCACAAUCAGCCUCCUCAGCCUGAGGAGGGCAGCGCCCGCCAGAGCCAGCAGGAAGAAAUCCAGACAGUGAUCACGCAACUGAGACAAAUUGGGGACAGAGUCCAUCGCUGGGUGAUUCAAGGGGUUCCCAGGAAGGACUCUGAGUCCUUGAACUCCAAGUACCCCUCCGGGCCCACCUACAAGAAGGUGCUUCGCCGGACAGCCAGUGAUGGGGCCAGAGACUCUGGGAGCCCAUCUCACUUUGCAGAGGCCCAGGGAGCUGUGGCCGCAGCCCUCCCUCUGGGAGAGGGGAGCAAACUUCUUCCCUGUGAGCAGGGGCCCCCAGAAGACACCAAGAAGGAGAAGCCCCCGAAGCAAACCCAGCAGAGCUGGGCCAGUAUGUUGCUGAAUAUUUUUUCCCUGAGGACGGGUCAAGAGGAACCUAGAGAAAAGGCAAGCAGGAAGUCAAAGGGGAAAGGGCAGACCAGCAAGUUCCCAGAGGCAAGGGAGGAGCCAGGCCUCAGGAAGAAAUCCCAGGAGAAGAAGACCGGCCGCAAGAAGCAUGGUCACAGGAAGCCUGGGGCUGAGGAGCCCACAGGGCCCCAGAGCUCAGAGGCAGACGGCCAAGAAGACACACUGCCCAGCUUGGCUGCCUCACAGUCCGAGGAAGCAGGCCCGGGGCUGAUCUGCAGGGAGAGACCAGGUCCUGAAAUUCCCCAGGCCUUGCCCACCCAAGAAGGCCAUGCUGAAUCCUCACAGAGCUCUGUCCAAGCCGCAGGUCCCCCAUUGGAAGAGGACCCCCAGAAGCCUGACCAGGAUGAAGUCAUCUGGAAGAUUGUGGAAUUACUCAAGAAAGCCGGGGACCAUUUGGAGGAAGAGGUGAGGCGCUUGCAUCAGAGAACGCCUGCAGAGCUGCUGCAGCUCCGGCAAGUGCAAGUCCCUCAGCCGGAAGUGGCUCCACAAAAGCCAACGCCGCCCCCCAGGAAGAAAUCCCAGGAGAAGAAGUCCAACCUGAAGAGAGUCUUGUCCCUCAAGAAGCCUGCCUCCGAGGAACCCAAGAGAGGGGGUGCAGCCACUGCCUUUGGCCCAGAAACACGGCCCAAGAGGCCCAGCUACCUACCCGUUUGUAUCAGUGCCCAGCGACCUUCCACCUCCAGCAGCCACGACUCAGAGGAGCCCAGAUUCCAGGAAGUCCUGUCUGUAGACGGUGGAUGCCCACAUUCCUCGGAGCUUCACACCCCAACUGAAUGUCAGGGACCAGCGGAGAGGCCACCGAGGGACAGAGCCUGGGAAUCCCGAGAAUUCAGGCGGAAGAUCCUGGCCCUACUCCGAAGUGCAGAGGAGCAGAAUGGAGAGCAGCAAGCUGAAGUCCAGGAGGCAGAAGAUGCUGGAGAAAACCCCGCCCCCGCCUGCAAGGUGAAGUCACAGGGGAAGAAAUCCAACCUCAGGCGGGCCUUUUCCCUCAGGAAACAUGGCUCCAAGGAUUCCAAGAGAACGGAGGCCGCUUCGGGGACUCCAGGUGCUGCCAGCCCAGAGACCCGGCCACCCAAAAGGCACGGCUUCCUGCCCAUGUGUGUCAGUGGCCACAGAGCUUCCAUCUCCAGCGGCCCAGAAGACCCGGAGUUCCAGAAGUUGGAGGCUGCAGGAGGGGAACCAGCUGGGUCCCCAGAAGUGCCCUUCCAGGCCAGAAGCCACGCACCAGAUGAGCAGCCUCUACCAGAGGGAGCCUGGGAAUCUAAGGAGUCCGUCAUCCACAAGUUGGUGGAAGGUCUCCAGGAGGUGGACAGCGACUUAGGGAGGCAGAUCCGGCAGUAUCCCAGCUUCAAGAAGUUUUUUAAUGGGUUCUCAGAUGCCUCCCUCAGGAAGCUGGUGGCCGCCUUAGACAGACAGAAGGCCCGCCUCUCAGAGGAAGACAGGAGCCCUGUCAACAGACCGCCACUGUGUGCCUUUGGUUCACUUAAGUUUUCUGUCAACCACAGCUGCGCCAUCUGCACCCUCAUGCAGUCCAGUGGCCACUACAAGGGACACAGUUAUGCCCACUUCUUGUCCAGUAAGGCCCAGCAGAACAUCACGAGUCUGGCUGGUCAGAGUCCAGACUGAAGGCUGCAUCUCAUACCCAAGUUCUUUCAGACUAAGAG